AUGAUCGCUGUGCUUUGGAUCUGCUGGUUUCUCAUAAUAAAUGGCGUGAGGACAGAGCCCCGCAACUUUCGUCUAGUUCUCGAUGACAUCAUCGUGUCGGACCGAGAUCCGGACUUGAUGGAAAAGUUGGAGGUUCAGUUGUCCCAGAGGAAUAAUCGGAGCUACGUAGAUGCCCAAAUAAUAUUCAAACGUAAUUUUAAGGAUAUGUCUGCACGUACCGCUCUGGAUUUUUGGAAAAGCAGCAAUACAAAAAUGAGGCUAUACGAUGUACGAUUGGAUGCGUGUCUCUUCCUCGAUAUGUCCCAUAAGAAUCGAUUGUUUAACAUCUUCGCCAAGGCCCUAAGAAAAUAUUCCAACCUGAGUUGCCCCUUUAAAGCGAACUUUACCUACACGUUUAAGCAACUUUAUUUCGAUGAACAGGAAUUACCCUCCUUCAUACCGCUGGGCGUCUUUCGGGCCCUGAUCGAAUACUCAACCAAACAGAAAUUGAGUGCGCGUAUCAAAAUCCGCGGAAAAAUUGUACCCAGACUUUGA